ACCCGUUGACUUUUGCGGACUUCCAAUGGAUGCCCCUUCCCUGGUCCGGUCGAUUGUCAAAACCGCAUUGCAACGUGCUCAUGGCACAAUUGCGGGAUUACUUGCACACUGCAGUACCAACUUCGUUGAUGGACGCCGAAGUAGAGGUUGUCGACCUUCACGCUUACAUUGCGAAGAUCGACCGUGAGUUCAAAACACAACGGUACGAGGACAUCGACGCACCAUUGUUAUAUGUACGCAUUCAGAUCGGAGAGGCGACCUGCAGCGCUUUGAUCGAUUGCAGAGCAUCUCGUAACUACAUGAGCCAGGACUUUAUGGUACGCGCCGGUUUUGGCCCACGCAUCCGGAGGAAGUCCCAGCCGACGCAAGUCACGUUGGCAGACGGUCACACGCACAAGUCAAUAGACCGGUGCAUAGAUGACGUCCCCGUGUACUUUGCCCCGCAUGCAAGUGAGGCGGUGUCCUUCGAUAUCUUGGACACCAAAUUCGACAUGAUCUUGGGCAUGUCAUGGCUGCAAAGCGAGGAUCACCCGUUCUUCUCCAAGUUGGACCUCAAGUCGGGAUAUCACCAACUCGAGAUUCGGAAGGAGGACCGCUACAAGACCGCGUUUAAGACGCGAUAUGGGCAUUUCGAAAGGCUGGUUAUGCCAUUUGGCCUUACGAAUGUCCCGACCACUUUCCAAGCGGCUAUGACAACGGAGUUCCGACACAUGCUGGAUCGAUUCGUACUUAUCUACCUCGACGACAUCUUGGUGUACAGUCGGAGUUUGGACGAGCAUGUGGAACACUUGCGCACCGUUUUGGAGCGGCUACGACAAGCCAAGUACAAGGCCAACCGCGACAAAUGCGAAUUCGCGCGGCAGGAGCUGGAGUACUUGGGACAUUAUGUGACGCCGCAAGGCAUCCGUCCUCUUGCGGACAAGAUCGAGGCUCUCCGCGUGCCAUUCGUAUUCGAUGACGACGCACGCCGGUCAUUCCAAGCACUUAAGACGGCCAUGCUCAUGGCACCCGUCCUUAACAUCUAUGACCCCAUCCUGCCUACGAGAGUGACAACUAUCACUUCCGGCUACGACAUUGGGGCGGUCUUGGAACAACACGACGGUGAUGACUGGCACCCUGUGGAGUAUUUCAGCCACAAAGUGUCUCCCAUCAACUCGCUUGAUGAUGCAAGGAAGAAGGAGUUGCUCGCGUUCGUGAUGGCUCUCAAGCGAUGGCGGCACUUCCUCCUUCAGCGUCGUAGGUUCACAUGGAUUACGGACAACAACCCACUGACUUACUACAAGACGCAGGAUACGGUGAGCAGCACGAUCGGACGAUGGAUGUACUUCAUCGACCAAUUUGACUUCACACCGAAACAUCUUUCCGACCUCUCCAAUCGCGCAGCAGAUGCACUAUCGAGAAGACAUGAUUUUUGCGCUAUGACACAUCAUGCCUUCGCAUUCGACGAGGAACUUCAGCGACACUUCAUCCGGGGAUAUGAGUCGGAUCCGGAUUUCGCCACGUUAUAUGCGCAGCUAUCUUCGGAUCACCCGCCGGCCAGCCACUAUCGCAUUGCGGACGGGUACUUGCUCCUCCACUCGAGAGGCAAGGACUUAUUGUGUGUCCCACGAGACUGUCGUCUUCGGACUCGCCUUCUCGGGGAGUACCAUAACUCGCGACUCGCCGGCCAUUUCGGAGUCAACCUCACUAUUGCACGGCUUCGACAACGAUUCCGAUGGCCCGACCUCAUUACCGAUGUCACUCGGUAUUGUGACUCUUAUGAAGUUUACCGACGAAGCAAGCCCCGCAAUCGCAACCCCUACGGCGAGUUGCGCCCAAUGCCUAUCCCCCAGGAACCCGGCCUCUCCAUUGCCAUGGAUGUCACUGGACCAUUCCCCUGCGAUCGCCUCGGGCACGACGGCAUCCGCACGGUUGUGGACCGUUUGAUCAUGACGUCUAAUCUAGCUCCUUCCUCUUCGAUCGUCCACACGUAUUAUAAUUGCGGCCAACCUGGCCACUUGUCUCGCUUCUGUCCGUUGUCGGACCGCCGUCUGGUCGGUACCUCUUCUGCUAACGUCAAUAACAAUAGCACGACAAUAGUGCCGGCACAGGGUAACGCACUUGUUACAUAUCCAGCAGUGGGCGGGCAAUUUGGUGGAUAUGGACAUGGGUACGGUGGCGGCUUGAAACCCCAUGUGGAAACGCUGAAGUCUACGGUCGCGGAGCUCAAGGCUCAUCGAGAUGCGGAGCUUGAGCGCGAGAAACAUAAGAAGGAGGAAGAAGACAGAAUAGAAAGAGAAAAGAAGGAAGAAGAAAGGAGACAAGAGGAGAAGAAAGAAAGAGAGGAGUUGCAUACGAAGAUUAACAAUAAUUUGGCGGAACAGCUGAAGGUUGUGCAAGAAAUUUUGGAGAAGAACGUGGUCAAAGAUGGUGAACAAGAUGCGGUGACCAAGCUAAGACUGGAAAUGGAGAAGUUACAGAAGGAGCAGACGAAUUUUGGAACCUGCUCGAUGUCAGAAAGUGAACUUGACAGAUUCAGGAGGGAUCAAGAGGAAGAGCGUGCAUGUGCAGAACGACGGUUCGCGCUUAUGGAAGAAGAAAUCGCAACGCUCAAGAAGGUCAACGAGGAAGCAUUGGAGUCCGUAGAAACAUGGAAAUCGGAAGCACUUAGGCCAGGGAACAAGAGGGGAAAUAUUGCUGUUACUCCAACCCCGAUGGCAACCACAAGGCCGCAUGCGCGUUUUGCAUCAGGUUGCCCGGCGCCAAAGGAUAAAACGAAAGAACAAGAAUUGAAGACACAAUGGGAUGAUUAGGCACACGAGAUCGAGUUGUUGAAGGAAUGGAGGUUUCGGGAGCUGAACGGGAGAAGAGAAGCAGAGCAGGAGGUGGAACGGCUGAAAGAAAAAAUGGCGAAGAUCUUAUUGGAGAGGUGGCAAGAAUCAACAAGACAAUGAAGG